AUGUAUCUCAACAUCGUUUCCUGGGGCGCUGUGAUCUCUUUGGCCGUCAACGUCCAAGCCCAGGUCCAACAGCGUAAUUACAAUUGCAACAACCAACAGCGUACUUGUAACAAUAUCUGUUACUGGCUCACCUGUGUACAGCCGACAAUCAAUACCUUCACUCGGGACAGUGGAAAUGCAGCGACGGUGCGACAGCGUCGAGUGGAUUGUGGUGUCACGCACAGGCCGCGACCAUGUACCCUUCCCGGACUAGGUGUUGGCGGAGACUGGACUGACGAAUUCCCAUUCGCAAGUACCCUGGAAGGUGGUCGUACCCCAAAUGGAGAUGGUGCAGCACUACUUUGCACUCCUUCAGCCGAGCAACGUACACAAGCCGCAUAUCUCACUAACCACAUCUAUGGCAACCCCCUGAUGCCGCAAGGCACGCAGUUUCAACUCGUGAUGCAGAACACGGGUGGCAUUGAAUACUGUGAUCCAGCUGCUACACCAAACGGCUGCGAUGGCUCCUUGUUUGAUGGCUUCCACUACUUCAACGACGACGAUAUCUAUUGUCAAUGGGACAUCAGUGCUUCUUCAGGUGUUACGUGUGUGGAUGGUCAAGGCAACCCGGCGCAACCUCCUGCGAAGAAGAAGCGCGAUAUGGGCAUGCAGGAGCCCAGAGCUGCUAACUGGAGUAAUCUGUUGCACAUUAGCGACCCGGAGUUGGCAAAGCGUAUGAAAGCAGAUAUGCCAGAGUCAGUUGCUUUGCCUCUUGAAGAAUAA